CGGGUCUUCCAGGGCAGUUCUUGAAAUGUUUAUCUGCAGUGCUGUGCCCAGCUGGUAUGUGCUGUUGUUCGGGGUGUGCAUCAGGCCACAUCAGUUUCUGACUGUCGGGCUCCAACACACUUACAUCUCUCAUUCUCUCAAAACCCCAUAACCUUUCCCGUCCAUCGAGUACACUGACAUCAAUACAAAGAAGAAAGUUAUUACUAUGUCCUUCAUCACCCCAUUUCUCCCCGCCCUAAAAGGCUACGCCAUAGCUGGCAGCCUGAUCAACGGCGGCACCAUGACGUCUGGGUACCGCCUACUCCCCGCGGUCUACCCAGAGAUCCCCAAGUCACCGGAGGACGCGGCCAAGCAGUGGUCGUAUUUUUACUGGUCGAUGAGUGCCACGGUCCCUGCAAUCGAUCUCACCACCUUCUUGGCCAUCGGGGCGAUCGCGUAUGCCGAGUAUCGCGAGUCCGGCACCUUCACCGCAGCCUCCAGCCUGAGCGGUGAGAGACCCUGGAAGAUCUGGGCCACCGCGGCGGCGCUGAUGCCCGUCGGCUGGGCCUGGGUGCGCCGCGUCAUGAACGCUCCCUCGAUGAGCUCCUGUCUAUCGCGGGAUCCGGGCCCAACGGAGAGCCCAUCGCCGCAGCCAAGACAACCCCCGAGGACACCCUGGCGGUGAUGAAGAAGUUCAAUGCGCAGAUGAGUUUCCGGAUGAGCAUUCCGUGGGUUGUCGGCGCGCUGGCAUUGUGGGCUUCGCUCGCGUAUUGAGGAAAUGCCGGCAAGUCUUGUUGAGCGGGGAGAGGAUGCGUAUUCCCCGCUCCCGCAUCCAUCGUGUCGAGCAAUUCCCCUAUCCGCCUUGAGCCAUCACACUCUGUGUUUGAAUGUCGGAAAGUUCUCGCAGAGGUCUAGAGGUCCAGAGGCUCAGAGGUUCAGAAGUUCAUCAGCCAAACACUUAGUCAGUUAGGAUACUUCAGUUUAGCGCCUAGAGGUCUCUAAAUUUAGCCGCUGAGAUUACCCAAGUGAAAGUACGACUGCGCAAAGUCCUGAUAUGAU